AUGGCACAUGUACCAGACCUUGAAUUCCACAAACGACAUCGAGACGCUGAAGAAGCUGGUGGUCAACAAGGCGGUCAUCUCGCCCAAAAGACGUCUGUUGGAUCAGCUGCAACCAGCCUUUCAGGUGGACCAUAUAUUAACUAUGUCCCGCGUGCAAACGCUGAGCGUCUUAACCUUAUUCAAGGUGACGCUGAAACGUUUUCUGAUAUCAUUGGGUUGAUCGGCGACUAUGAAGGUGUUUUAGAUCGACACGAGAGCCUGGCAUCCAAUUUGGGAGCAAGGUUGACCGGACCCCGACUGCUAAAGGGUAUUGAAAAGUUCUUCGACGGGCCUAUUAAAAUGAGCUCGUCCCAGCCGUUCUCUACGCGCAUAAGCUGGCUCGAUGUUGUUUCGUUUGCAAAGAGUAACCCUGGCGAAUUUGUCCUCACGGCGUUGCCUGGCGGCAGUCGUUGCUGUCAAUUUUCCUACAAAGGUGUCCAUGUCGAAAUUACCGAGGACGAUUGGAGGCUUAUAUCGUCUGGAGCCCUAGACCGCUUCCCACUUGAGCAUCCGUUCGAAGAGGACGAAGUUGCAGAAUUGGCGACCCUGGAUAUUUUGGAGCAGCGAACGUCGAUACUUUAUAAGAAGGCUGACGAAGUGGCCGCCCGAGCCCGAAUUCUCCAUCACAGACUUGGCCUUAGAAAACAUGACUUGUCUCGGAGGCGCAGUCAAGACAGUGGAAGCUCGAGAUAUCAACCGCCCAAUCCUUCCGCGCGGCAGAACAAUUUCAGUCCGUCCUAUGACUUGCAUGCAGACCUUCUUCAGCAAUUUUCCUCAGCUCCAUCGUCCCUUGCGCAGUCAAGGUCAACUUCUGGAGCUGGUUUGUCUGUCAGCAGUCUUGGCCCUCUGUCGCCGUCGGUCAAUUCGCCGCACCAUCACCAACACCGCCUCUCGACGCAACCUCUACGAUCCCCGGGCGGCACUCCACAGGAUACUCAAAUGUUUAAUGCUGCGGAAAGUCGUGGGGAAAUUCUGCGGUCUCUCAUUAAUUUAAGCACCGACAGACUGUCAAAGGGUGACGUGAUAAACCCACCAUGUGACCGUUGCCGUCGUCUGCGAUUACCGUGUAUCAAGCACCUGACAGCCUGUCAGGGAUGUACCAAGAAACAUGCAAAGUGCAGUUGGAAAUCGGUUACGGAUGACGAGGCGGCCAGAGUCAAAUACGACUUGGGUAUGGAGACGGAAACAAUGGCUGACAGCGACAAUGAUCCUCAAGGCCCAAAGGAUGCUCGCUAUUCGCGACCGCCGCUGGAAUCCCGAACAAGCCUGCUCAGCUCCGAGAGCACUUCUAGACCAGGAAGCCGGGCAGACACAGAUAUGGGAGUGCCGACAGUUCACAGCCCAGACUCCGUCUCAGCAGCACGACAGGAGCUGCCGCCUGAUUCACGGACUCUACACUUGCCAUCAGGGUUAGGAGGAAUGUCAUUGAUAAGGGAACAUAUGCAGCCGAGGCAUUUUGGGUCUACUCUUGGUGAGAUGGAUUCACCACGGCGUGGGCACGAAUCAUCAAACCCUCCGUCGAGAUGA